CCUUCACAGCCGGACCUUCCUUCGCCAGAGAGAGGGGCCGCGGCGGCGUCAUGGCGGUGGGUGCCAGGCUCCGGUGGGGGCGCCGGGGGCGCGGGCGGCGGGCGGCGGACGAGGAGCCCAUCGUGGAGCAGCUGGAGCUGGACGACGGGGCGGCCGAGUGCCCCGCGCGCCCGGGGACCCGCAGCGCCCGGCGGGUGCACCUGGCCGCCCUCCCCGAGCGCUACGAGCCGCUGGAGGAGCCGGGGUCCCCGGGGCCCCCGGGGUCCCCGGGGCCCGGGGACAAGCCCAAGCGGAGGUACCGGCGGAAGCUGAAGAAGUACGGCAAGAACGUGGGGAAGGUCCUCGCCAAAGGCUGCCACUACGUGGUCCUCGGCCUGCAGGGCUUCGCCGCCGCCUACUCCGCCCCGUUCGCCGUGGCCACCAGCGUGGUGUCCCUCGUCCGCUAGCGGGGCCGCCGAGGGCCCCGCGUGGCCAAGCGCUGGCCUGGGACCCAGGAGGCCACAGGUCACCGUCCGAUUCCAGCCUCUGCAAGCCCAGAGCACCUCGGACCUGAAGCCACAGAAUGACCUGGAGAAAACAAAACAAACAACAGUCUUUGCCGUUUGAAUGGGACGCGUGAUCCGAAUGGGCCAUCUGCCAAGCUCUCUCUCUCUCACCUCUCUCCAGUGGACAGUCCCGCAG